UAACCCUAGGUACAACUACUGCCACGUGCAUCGUCCUUCAAUGGCGAUCAGAUUUAGGUAGAUCACCCUUUCAUCCUACCCUCCUCAUUUAGGAGAACCUAGCCGCUGCUCAUCUACCCCAACUACACGCCUUUAAUUUCAUCAAAAUUCAAAUCACAUUUGCAGGACUUACUUAAUUCAUGAUCUAUACUGUGGGACCUCAUUAAGUCGUUAGUUUCCUUACCCAUAAAUCCUUCUAACCAUCCGCACAUUUCUUCGAAUCUCAUUUUCCCAGAUCUCAGAAUCUCGUAUUUCGCAUUGUUUUCUCCGUUCCCCCAUAAAAGUGCGUCACUCCAAGUAGCUUGCAGCUUCUAGUUCCUAAUCUUAUCACCGGAAAGAUGAAGGUGCUCGUCACCACUCGGAGCGGAAGAGAGUUAAUCGAUGGUGGCCUCGUCCUUGAUAGCUCUGCUACCGUGGCUGAUUUGCAGGAGGCAAUUCAUAAGCGAAUCAAGAAAUACUACCCUUCAAGACAACGCCUGACCCUACCCCUCCAGCCAGGGUCCAAAGAAAAGCCGGUUGUCCUCCAAUACAAAAAAAGUCUCAAAGAGUACACCACUGGAAACCCCAAUUCCGACACCAUAACUGUGGUCUUCAAGGACUUGGGCCCACAAGUCUCAUACCGAACUCUCUUCUUCUUCGAGUAUCUGGGCCCACUCAUCCUCUACCCCCUCUUCUACUACCUCCCGGUAUACCAGUACUUCGGGUACAAACUCGAAAAACGUGUGAUCCACCCUGUUCAAACAAUAGCAAUGUACUAUUGGUGCUUCCACUAUUUCAAACGUAUCAUGGAGACCUUCUUUAUACAUCGAUUCAGUCAUGCGACUUCACCUCUUUCAAAUGUGUUCAGGAACUGUGCUUAUUACUGGUCUUUCGGGUGUUACAUUGCUUAUUAUGUUAAUCACCCGCUUUACACACCUGUAAAUGAUCUUCAAGUGAAGAUUGGGUUAGGGUUUGGGUUGAUUAUGCAGAUUUCAAAUUUGUAUUGCCAUGUCAUCUUGAGGAAUCUUCGUAGCCCGAGUGGGAAUGGAGGGUAUCAGAUCCCACGUGGCUUUUUGUUUAAUAUUGUGACAUGUGCGAAUUACACAACCGAGAUUUAUCAGUGGUUAGGGUUUAAUGUUGCUACACAGACUGUUGCGGGUUAUGUCUUUUUGAUUGUUGCUGCUUCCAUUAUGACUAAUUGGGCCUUGGCUAAACAUCGUCGUCUCAGAAGGUUAUUUGAUGGGAAGGAAGGACGCCCUAAGUAUCCUCGCAGAUGGGUGAUAUUGCCUCCAUUCCUGUGAGCGAAACUACAGGUGGCAUGUGAAUGUGAUGUGUCUCAUUUUCAUUGGUUUUGGAUUAUCAGAUGGAUUUGGUGAUGUUAUGAGUUCGUUUUAGUCCUAAAAGUUUUACAUGUUGAGUUCUGAAUCAUAUACUUGCCACAACUCUUAUCAGAUGGCUUAUUUGUAUUGCUAGUUUUGAGUUUUUCUUUUUGUUAAAUCUCUGGAUCUUUCCCAAAUUUAUGACAUCUUGAAUAGAGGUAUGUCUGGGUUUAUUUUUUUUCA